AUGUGGGCAUCGUGGAGAUCAUCGGCCACCCUCGCACCAGAGGCCAGCACAAGCGCGAACGCGGCUGCGUCGCCAUCGCCACUGCUGUUCUCUUCUUCUUCGUCCAUCGCUGCGUCCCCACAAUGGCGGCUGAUCUCGACCAUCUCGCAUAAGGCUUGUCGCCAACUCGCCAAGUACCCAGCGCAUUACAUCUACAUUUCCGCAGUAGCGGGACUCGUGCUCACCGUCACCGGAACUGUUCUCGCUUAUCACAUUGUACACCGCGGGGAGAGCUGCGAGAGGUAUGGGCGCCGGAGCACUGCCUCGCAGACGCUGUCACAUGGUGCAGGAACCAGCAGCGGCUGCGCAGCCGGCCAGUCGGGGGGCGUGAAGGGGGCGAAGGCUGCCCAGGUGCGGCGUGGGGCUGAGAAGGGUGACGACGACAUUGAGUUUGCCGACCCGGCCGAGCGCGCUUUUUUCUCCUACGUCCAUCGAAUCAAAACGCAAAAGGAGGCGCCCCUCUUGGCCGCGCUCACCAACCUCGAAACAGCCGCCGCGGAGCUGGUGGAGGUGCGGCGAAGGCACGCUCCUCAGGGCGGCCUCGUCAAGCACGGGGGUAGCGAAGGUGGUGAGGAGCGUGGUCAUGAUUCGAGCAAUGCCCAUAGUGACGGUAAUCAUGAUGAUGUUAGUGACCAUGGCGUCGUGGCUGAGGCACAGGCAAAGGUGUACCGUCUCGCCGCUAUCGCGGAUGAGCUUCUGACACAGUGGAUCUGCAGCCUGGAUGGCGUGCCGGUGCGUCAGAGCGAAGCGCUCAAGCAGCAACGAAAGGCCUUGGUGCAGGAGGCAGCCGCCCUAGCGCGGCGCAUCUCGCCGCAUCUUCCACAUAUAGAGAAGUAA